GGAUGUAUCCAUGUUUUUUUACUGAUUUCGAUUAAUACUUUUUUAUUUUAACGGAAAAGAGUAUAUCAUUUCUUUUUCACUAGUUAACUCUUGCACGCUGCUGGAAGACACGUAACAGCAAAACUCGGAACGUGCCUGAGAAUUGCGCUACAAGUUGACACUUCGAACAGCUUUGUGCGUCAACUUCCGUGAAGACGUGACUUUCACAAAAGAAUUCUCAGUAUGGUAUAAAGUAGCUCCAUCCAUCUUAUGAGGGAGUCUCCAGGAAAAAAAUCAGGUCUUCAUUAGUCUCUUGAGAAGAGGAAAGAAAAUUUUUCACCGACAUCAAUUAGUUCUCAGGAUUCGAAUGCUUUUUUUAAGCUAAAGAAAAAAGAUGAACAUUUUUUUUUAAAUCUGAAAGGCAGUUUUUUAUAUUGUAUCUUGACAAGACAAUUUCCGAUGAUUAAAUGUCCUGUUGAUAUCGACUGUAAGCACUUAACGUAGUUAUUAUAAACCUACAGUUUUAUUUUAUUUAAAUUAUGCACAAAUAUAUAUUUAUUAUCCUGUCAGUGAAGAAUGUGAAACACAGUAUCACAGAUCGUAGCUGCUUCAGAAAAUGUGAUAUUGAUUUGUUUUGAAUGCUUACAUAGCUUAUUCUGGUUACUCCUUUGCUCCAACUCGUUUUUCUUUGUUUAAAAGUGUAUUAUUUUUGAAGCGAAUUUUUAAGAACAAAAAUAAAUAGCCAGUGUUCAUGGAACUAAAUCGACUAAAUGCACGUUAUAUUCAGUCUGUGCUAAACAUUUCGACGGAGCCAAAUUCGCGUGUUUUCAUUUAAAACGGCCUUUUUGGGGCCAUUACCCCCACCCCCUUGAGGUGCCAAAGGUAAAAUCUAAACGUCCUGGUCACGAAAACUCUGAAAUGAGAAAGAUUUCGGGAGGUUUCGUUUCGUCAACUUUAACGAUUUAUGAAGAUAGCCAAGUUUGGCGAGAUUUCCUCUGAAAGUCCCCCUGAGGAUCACAGAUGGCACGCCAAGUCCAAAUCAAUACUGGGAGGAAUCGGAGUGAGAGCAGUUGAGGGGAAGCCAAUGAGAGUUGAACGAAACGAGUAACAGUGUGCUCGCGUCUCUCUAGCUUUCGAGAAACACCGCUUCACGUUUCUGGAACAGGCCCAAAGUGUCCAAAGACUUCUUAACUACUUUUUUAACCUAACAGGUGGCCGAGCAGGGGAAAGAUUCCCCUAGCAAAGAACGGGUCGGGAUGUCAAGAUGCCUGGUGGACGGAGGGGUCUCGUCGCACCGCAGAACACCUUCCUCGAAAACAUUAUCAGAAGAUACAACUCCUUAUCUGACUGCAGUUUUUUACUGGCCAACGCCCAGAUCGUUGACUUCCCCAUCGUCUACUGUUCCGAAUCAUUUUGCAAAAUCUCGGGUUACAAUCGAGCCGAGGUGAUGCAAAAGUCUUGCCGCUGCAGUUUUAUGUAUGGAGAACUCACAGAUCGAUCCAGUAUCGUGAAAGUGGAACAUAGUCUGGAAAAUCACGAUCAGAUGCAGGUGGAAAUUCUACUGUAUAAAAAGAACAGAUCUCCGCUAUGGUUGCUUUUGCAUAUCGCACCCAUCAAGAACGAGAAAGACAUGGUUGUGCUUUUUCUUCUCACCUUCAGAGAUAUAACAGCCUUGAAGCAGCCCUUGGAAGACGAUGCAUCCAAAGGGUUGAGCAAGUUCGCACGACUAGCGCGGUCUGUGACGAGAAGUCGAUCCGUUCUUGUUCAGCAAUUUUCGAUGCACCUGCCUAUAAAAACAGAAAACACAAAACAAUCACAGAUCGCUCAUAUGAUCAGUUUGAACUCCGAGGUCCUCCCCCAGUAUCGACAAGAAGCUCCGAAAACGCCACCUCAUAUUUUGCUUCACUAUUGCGCAUUCAAAGCCAUCUGGGAUUGGGUGAUAUUGUGCUUGACAUUCUACACCGCCAUCAUGGUACCGUACAAUGUGGCCUUCAAGAACAAGACGUCCGAAGAUGUAUCACUUCUUGUCCUAGAUAGCAUAGUCGAUGUCAUCUUUUUCAUCGACAUUGUACUCAAUUUUCACACAACAUUCGUUGGACCAGGGGGCGAGGUCGUCUCGGAUCCAAAAAUCAUUCGCAUGAAUUAUCUCAAGAGCUGGUUCAUCAUCGAUUUACUCUCUUGUUUACCAUACGAUGUUUUCAAUGCAUUUGAUCACGAAGAAGAUCAAGGUAUUGGAAGCCUGUUCAGCGCCUUGAAGGUGGUCCGGUUACUGCGGUUGGGUCGCGUCGUCCGAAAGCUCGACCGCUACUUGGAAUAUGGUGCUGCAAUGCUCAUCCUUCUUCUGUGCUUCUACAUGUUGGUUGCCCACUGGUUAGCCUGUAUCUUCUACAGCAUUGGACGCAGCGACGCUGAAAAUGGUGUCUCCUACAGCUGGCUUUGGAAGCUGGGCAAUGUUACGCAACAACAGUUUAACUUCAGCAGAAUCUUAAACAAAGAUGUUGUUAAAUAUGAAUUGAUUGGAGGUCCGCCAAGAGGAACUAUGUACAUAACUGCUCUUUACUUUACAAUGACUUGUAUGACUUCUGUUGGCUUCGGAAACGUCGCAGCAGAGACAGACAAUGAGAAGGUCUUCACGAUUUGCAUGAUGAUCAUUGGAGCACUUUUAUACGCAACUAUAUUUGGCCAUGUGACAACCAUAAUUCAGCAGAUGACCUCAGCAACUGCCAGAUAUCACGAAAUGCUGAAUAACGUCCGAGAAUUCAUGAAACUUCACGAAGUGCCAAAGGCUCUGAGCGAACGGGUUAUGGACUAUGUGGUAUCUACAUGGGCCAUGACUAAAGGAAUAGAUACUAAUAAAGUCCUAAGUUAUUGUCCCAAGGAUAUGACAGCUGACAUCUGCGUACAUUUAAAUCGGAAAGUUUUCAACGAGCACCCAGCUUUCCGUUUAGCUAGUGAUGGUUGCCUCAGGGCCCUUGCGAUGUACUUCACAAUGGAACACAGUGCUCCAGGAGAUCUGCUCUAUCAUACCGGAGAAAGUAUUGACACCUUAUGUUUCGUAGUGACAGGAUCUUUAGAAGUGAUUCAGGAUGAUGAAGUGGUUGCAAUAUUAGGCAAAGGAGAUGUAUUCGGAGAUGCAUUUUGGAAAGAGCCCACUAUUGGUCAAUCAUGUGCCAAUGUUCGUGGCUUAACCUAUUGUGAUUUGCAUUCAAUCAAGAGAGAUAAGUUACUUGAAGUGCUGAAUUUCUACCACGCCUUUGCAAAUUCAUUUGCUAGGAAUCUACUUCUCACUUAUAACUUGCGACACAGGCUGAUAUUUCGCAAGGUGGCUGAUGUGAAACGUGAACGAGAGCUGGCAGAACGUCGGAAAAAUGAACCUCUUCAGGAGUUGUCUCAAGAUCAUCUCGUACGGAAGAUUUUUUCAAAAUUCCGCAGAAACGGUUCUUGCGAGAAUCGGGCUCUAAGUAGUGAUUUGGAAAGAGGCCCUAUAACUGAAACUACUGAAAAUCGAGUUAGAAUAGCACAAGUCAAUGAGAGUGGAGGGAUGAAGUGCCCAACCAGGUGGACCGUCACCACAGAUCCUGGAGACGACAAGGAGAACGCUCAUUCUGAAAAUGUGUCCCAAGUUGUCAAGAAGGAUGUCCAAAAGACUGGAAACCGCUCUGUUUCCAAAUGGUCUCGAGUUCUUGCUAAAGAACCAACUAUUGAAGAAGAAUGUUCGCCUCAUUCGGAAGGAGAAUCAUCACCAGAAUACCAAAAAAUUCUUGCAAAUCUUGUAGAUUUAAGAGUUGAUUUGAAAUUAGAAAUGCAAAGACUCAAUACAAAAAUCUGUCGCGUUGAUGAACAAAUUGGACAGUUGAUUCGGUUGGUGAAACCUCAAAGAAAUGAGAAAAUGCCACAUGCUUUGUUGGGUUUACGGGCUCCGGAACCCCAGCGAAGCAAAUCCCUUACUAGAAAAGACUCUUUACCCAAAAGAAGGCCCAAAGAUGCUGUUAGAGCAAUGCUUGAAAAUGAAAUCUAUGAACAAGAUAAAGAUGAUGUAGAAAAAAGUAAGAUGCAAUAAACUGAAAAGUACAUAUAUUUUAGUUAUCCGGCAUCUCACCAUUUGAUAGGCUGUUUGAAGCUGACAGUUUUUUACCAUUUGUGCGAGUUCAGUCUUCCGAUUCCAAGGUUCCUUUUAAUUCGGGCUCUGUGGAUCAUGUCAAUGAAUUGAGUUUUUCGGGGUUUUUUUUCUUUUUUAGUUUUCUAAUGUUUAUUUUUAAUACUAAAAAUGUAAUAAUUUAAUAAUGACAAUAGAUAACAUAGAAGAGUUUGACUUGCACAGCAUACUUUAGAAAAUAAUUCAAAUACAAUUCUGUUUUGUGACGAAAAAAGUAUUUUAUAAUUUUUCUAAAUACAGAAAUUGUAAACAUAAUCAGUAGUUUUGAUUUAACGUUUGCAAUAUUUUUAUCGUUUUGUUUCAUUCUAGAAAUCGUUUAUUUUACAUGUUAUAAUAUUUUCACUAAAAGUAUAAUACUGAAGGCAAAUCGAGAAAGGGGUACUUUAUCUCCUAUUAACAAUAAAUAAAACUUAUUUUAUAAAUCAACUUGAAUUAUUGGAUGUAAAUUUUUUAAUUACCUGAAUGUAGAUUCAUGCUAAGAAAUUUUUUGUAAAUUUUAUAAUUCUCUAAUCGUAAAAUAACUGUUACCGUCAAACUCGAAUUAAUAAAACGUGAUUUGGAAAAACUGUUUCUUUAUUCAGAGCUUUCAUUUAAAAAUCUGGGCCUUUACUGGUUACCCGGGUAUUAAUUUUUAAAAAAUCAAAUAAAAAAUCAUUAUUCGUUCUAUCAUUUAAUCCUCUGACUAUUGAAGGUGGUCAAAACCAGAAUUCCGUUCCAUACGGACUAUUUUUUUCGCAUAGAAAGCGGUGAAGUGGACUCGCCCGUCUUCUGCCAUCCUCAGUAGCACUAUGGGUGAGGAAAAGCAACAAUGGAAUUAUUAAUCGAUUGAUAACAUUCCCCAGCUGAGCUUCAACACAUGCCACUCUGCUUUAGUCUGUGAAACGAAUAGCAUGUGAAAGGAGAACACUAAGGAUAUAUCAUAAGGACUCAUUAUUGCAUUGUUGACUGCUCUCUGAAUGAGAAUAGAAGCUUUUUUUACAUUACAAGACUCUUAGUGUAAUAAAAAAAAACAUUUUCCAUGUAUUGUUACCUUUCCUUACGAUACAUAUUUUCGUAAAGGAACUAUUAUUGCCAGAUGCCAUGUUUUUUGUUCGAAGGAAUAUCUGUUGAAUACAACCAGGGCAUGUUCUACCACUAAAAAUAUUACACUUCGGUGAUUGAUUUGAAGUAAAUUUUGGAUUAACAGUACAAGCAAGUAAAACGACUCUUUUCACUUACUUUUAUGUUUAAGAAACAUGUGAUUCAUUUUAAAACACGGACAAAAAUAGUAACAAUAGAAAGGAAUGGAUUUUUGAAAAAGACACAAGCUUUUGUAAGUAAAUCAAACAGAAUUUUACUGUGCGUCUAUAUGUUGUUAUUAUGAGUAAUUUAAUGAUUUCAUCUUUUAUAUGCUUAUGUAGGAAUAUCAGCUGUCAUGAUAUUCUGAGAAACCUACAUUAAUUUGUUUAACCAGUAACUGGAGAAAUGAAAUUCCUCACGCGGCCAGAGACAUGGAAUCAAUAUGACUCCAUUGUUAUUGUUCUUUUUUGUAUUUUGUAAACCGCAUUGGGAUUUAUUUUGGAAACACAAUAUAUUCUGGAAAUCAUGUAGUUACCAAGAAUAUUAAAAAUGUUAAAUGUUAUAAUAUUAAAUAUUGGAUAAAUGUUAUUAGAAAAACCUAAACAAUCUUUUAAUGAGUAUUUACUUCGUUUAGAUACUACGGAAUGAUGUGGAUUUUAAUAACUAUUAGAAUUUAUAAAAAAAAUGAAGAAUACAAUAUUAUAAAAUAUUAUUUUAAGAAUAUUCCUUUAUUCUUUUUGCAUUAUUCAAAUUGAAAGCAGAAGAAAAAGAAUAACUCGGUUAUAUGCGCGUAUUCAUACUUAGACUUUUGCCAAUAUACUGUUUAAAGAACAAAAGAAAGGUUCUGAAGAGAUGAUUGCAUUCAAGGACAAAAUACCACGUGAUAAUCAGAGCUAAUGAACAACGCGGAGUCAUUUUGACUCUCGUCUCCAGUUAAAGGUUAAAGUAAUGUGCGCAGAAAUCUAAAAGUUAAAGAGUUGGACUGAUGUCAGUUAGUGAAUUACAAUCAAACGAGUUAAAUACUUAAAACAAAUAUGAAUUAUAUUGUGUCCAAUAUUGUCGGAUUCUAUUACUUUUGUAUCAAAUUCAAUACUGAAUUCUUAUUUAUUUACAAACAUUAUAAAGCUUCCAAAUUGUUAUUAUAAAGCCAUUUUCUUGUAGAAUUAUGUGCACAAAAUGGACGCAAAUCUUAUGUGUUAAGAUUUGCUUUUACUUAAUAUUGCUAAGAUUACAGGCAUUGUGAUAGUGAUGUUAUUUUCUUAGUUGCAUUUAAUUUAUAAUUGAUGAUGUUUAAAAUUAACUGAAGAUAUAAAAUAAUCAAUUGUAAAUUACAUAUUUUGUUUCAUUAAGGCAAAACAGCUUGAGUUGUUUCUAUUGAUGCUUAUCAAAGUGAGUUAUUAUUCAAUGUGUUAUGAGAUAACUCAAGGUAACAGCAUAAUUUCGAAAAGAAAAAGUUCUAAACAUCAGUAAGCAUCCUGAAGUUAGAGUUUUUAUUUUCUCUGAAUAUACUGCAGAGAACAAAUGCAGAUUAGCUUAGAAAUUUUAUUUAAAAUAACAUGAUAGAGUUAGAUCAUUUUUCUUGCGUAUUUUUGCUUCUAAAUUUAAUAGCCUUAUUGAUAGAUAACAAAUCUACAAAAAAUGACCUGAAUUCGGGCAGUGGAGUGUUUUUAGAUAUACUGCAGAGUCCGAAUAAGUUUUCUUUUUAUAACAGAAAAGUAGAGAUGUGAUAGGAUUGCAUUUUUUUCUUAUUUCUUUUUUUUACUGCCUGCACAUUUUUCAGUCAUCUACUCUUCGAACACUGAAAUUGGGAUCAUUCUUACAAUAUUCUAUCAAUGACAGAAAUAUUUUAUUUAAUUGUCAUAUAGAAACAGUUGAAAGAUCGGAAGAUGACGAUAUUUUUAUUCUACAUUCUGAGUAUACUGUACAUAUAUAUUGUUCAUAGACACUCCUAUCAAAAGAUGCACUAUUUUGAACUGUUAGGUCAAAUUAUGCGUAUUUUGUAAUAAAUAUUAUGUGCUGUGUAAAUUUGUGUAUUGUCUGCUUAUUUAUUUUGCAAAAACUUCUGUAUAAUGAUGGAUAUUUCCUUUUGUUACCUUGUAUCUAUUAAGAGAAUAAUAUAAAUUUAAUGCCGAUUUUAACC